GCGCGACUUCGCAAUCAGUAUCGAGUUCCGUCCGCACGGGUGAAGCACGAAACGACACUUUCGCAAAAAUCGGUGCCGAAAUGUUUUUUGCCGCUGUCCUGGCCGGCGUUGCAUUGGGGGUGGUCAGCGCCGCCCCUUUGGAGCCUUACUCCAGCAGGUACGAGCACAUCAACGCCGAUAUGAUUUUGAAUAAUAAGAGACUGAUGACUUAUUAUGCCACGUGCAUGUUGUCCAAAGGGCCGUGUCCGCCGGAAGGGUUGGAAUUUAAACGAAUUCUUCCUGACGCCAUUAGAACCAACUGCAUCAGAUGCACGGAAAAACAAAAGACGGUCACCCUUCGCACAAUCAAACGUCUAAUGAAAGAGUACCCGAAAAUCUGGAGCCAACUCGCCACCAUCUGGGACCCAAAAGGAAUCUACGUUCCGAAAUUCAUCCGAACGUUCGAUAUCCACGGAUUACCUCUACCAACUCAACCAUCUCCAACUGAAGCAGCUGUGUUUGUAAUAGGCAACAGGUUCGGGGAUACCGAAGAAAACGAAGUAGCAUCGGUGCCCACCACAACUGUCAAAUAUAUCGCCCCCCCUCAGAGCACCUCCAAAACUGUCAACGCCAUAUCUAACACCUCCAAACCCACAAAAACUACAACUACCACAACUCCUCCUCCGCGUCCAGUAUCCACCACUACCACUACUAACAAACCGACAAAAAAACCCGCCACGACUGGAUUUGUUAACCCUAAUGUUCGUCAUACGGAAAACUUAAUCCGCUCAAUCGUUCGGGAAAUAUACAUGUUCAAACUUCGGUAUUUUAAUACAAUUUUGAAAGGACGGUAGAUGAAGGGGACGAGUUCCUCUUUGGUAGAAGCUUGGUGGUAGUUGACGAAAAAAAGAGAACCUGAACUGAAUAGAAGAUAAGGAACGGUUGGUACCUAAUCUUGGUUUAUGAAAUAGAGCUGAGCUUAAUUAAUAAUAUUUAUUUGUUAGCUGAAUUAGAUGCUUUUAGAAGCAAUAUUUAUUAGGGUGACUGAUUUAACACUUGUUUGUUUUUAAUAUUUUGGCACUUUGGUUAAUGAAUAAUUUUAGUAGCCAAAAUUCACUUUUUUUGUUGAUUCCUGACUAACAUUUAAUUAAUUCACUGCUUGAUAUUUAAUUUUUAAUAAAUUCGUAUCUUAUAGAUAAAAAACCUUGCCAUUUAUUGUUAAUUUUUAUACAAUUGUCUAAAUGUUGCAUAAUACCCAUGUGAUAUUUGUUU